ACAAUUUUACAAAAAUGAAAUGUGUUUAUCAAUCAAGAUUAUUUAGGUAAUUCUAAUUAAUUAACUAUGAAUUUGCACAAGUAUUAGAUUGCGUUUGUUCAGAAUGAAUAUAAACACAAAACAAUUCAUAAGGAUAGAAUGACAAUAUCAGAGUUAGAGUACUAAUAUUAAUAAAAUUUGGAAGUGUAAAGGCUCUCCAAAUAUCAAAAUGAAAUUUUUCGUUUCAGGACUGUACCUCCGGUGUCCAAAACGUCUUCUCGCCCGCGCCAAUAAAUGUACGCACAAGUACGAGCAAGACGCACGAUAACUAAAUAACAUUAUUUUGAAUAUCAUCCUGAUAUCAAUUUACGUUCGAAUUUACCUUUUAGUCGUUGAUAUGACCGAUACAAACAUAUUUUUUGACUAUUUUAUUUGAAAUAAUGUGCGUAACAUAUUGCCAUACAUAUAAGAACUCUUCCCCACUGACCAGUUUUUGCGGGUACGCUCUGCAGGAUACCAUUUUACGACCGGAUUCGAAGAAUGAUUAAGACACGUUUAAGAUCUUGGAAAGAUUUUUAAAAGAUCAAUAACUAAACGACAUGUCAAAAUUGACGUUUAUUUCGAUUCCGCUGUGAUCCCAAUACGAUCUAUCUACGAUAUUUCUAAUGUCAAAGUGACAUUGGUUGCCCGAAUCGAGCUGUUUCUGUCAAUUAUACGACAUACAAACGAUAUCUAAAUGACUAAACUUAUCGUUAUCUUAUCUUAAUCGUAUCUCAUUCUUCGAAUCGAGCCGUUAGUAGUAUAAGUCCUUAUAUACUAACUUUCACACGAGAAUUCUGUUUGCGGGACACGACUACAGAAAACUGGACGUCAAUGGGCAAAGAGCUGAUAGCGACACUAACUCAGGCCCAAAUAUGAUCUUAUCAAGCUUUAAAAACAUCUUUUUAUCCACAUAUUUACACAGAUAAUGCAGAAUUGUUAAAGAGUAAAGACAGUCCGGGAGACACUGAGAUCUAAUUACGCUUCCCCCCGCAGUCGCGGCUCGGAGGCUGCGCGGACCGCACGCCCGCGAGUGAUGUGAGCAGAAUGGCGGUGCUGCUCGUGUUCGGUCUUUUCGUUGUGAUCGCAACAGCGCACAACAUAACCUUACUAGAGGUACCCCGCUACGGAGAUCCACGGAGAGACGCCAAUCUCGUGUGCCACUAUAUGAAUGAGAAAGGAGACCCUCCUCUUCACUCUGUCAAGUGGUACAGAGACAACAAUGAAAUAUUCAGAUACACGCCGGGGCAACAGCCGGAGACCCGCACAUUCAACACGACAGCCGGCACCAUCACUCGUGGCGACUGCAAUAAGCAUCGCUGCUCUAUCAACGUAGUGUUACCCAAACAUUACACCACCAGGAUAUCAUACACGUGUGAGGUGUCCACUGAGGGCCCGCGGUUCGCUGUUGUGAAGCAGACGAAGAACCUGACAGUCGCUGUGACGCUGAAACAGGACCCGGUGAUAACCGGAGUCCCGAGCACCGUGCAGCUGGGGGAAGACGUCAUGCUGAACUGUUCGACGGGCCCGGCCAUGCCGCCGGCCAACAUACAGUGGUUCAUAGAUGGCAAACCUGAAAUUAUUCAACCCUGGGAAGGCAACACAGAAGUAACAGUGGCCAGCGAGGAAGGUCUGCGUAUGAGCUGGCGGCCCCUACGGUUAACGAUAAGCACGCCACGAGGCGUAGUGGCGGUGCGGUGCGAGGCAAGGCAACCGGUGCGGCCGCCGUACGUGCGGUCGACGAAUGUUAGCCUCGCCGUGGCGCGGUCGCCGCAUUUAUCCAUGUUCACAGCUUCGGGCUCGAGCACAGCGCAUGCGGCGCUGGCGCUCCUGGCCGGCGCGUCACUGCAUCUAUUUUGUAAAAGUGCCUUGACUGAAGUAUAGUUUAGGACUAAUAUUUACGGAUCCGUUACCGUUGAGGAUCGAUCGCAGCUGUGUUCUUUAACAUAACAAUUUAAACUUACAUUUGACAUGGAAAUAAUAUCUAAUUGAUGUCUUUUUGUUCUCAUUCACGUGCGUUCUGCUCACACUGAUACGAUUGAAAUGCACGCACGAAUGAUAAAUAAAGGACAUUAUUUGAAAAAAUAAAUUAAAAAAUUAUUUAUUAUUACACACACAAAAAUGCAACCAAAAGGCAACCAGUUAAUAAAUUAAAAUCUAGAGAAUUAUGCCUAAAAAUAAAGGUAGUGUAUUUAAAUUUCGCUACUAGGAAUUGUCGUUAGUCAGUCUGUCAGUCUAGGGACUAGACUAAGUGGAUAGUAUUUAGGUAUUAUUUAAUGUCAAAGUGUACGUUUGAAUUGACCUCAUAAACUAUUUUGCUGAUUUGAAAUUGGGGAUGUGUCUUUACAGGUUCAAAUCGUGACCUAGUCGAUUUUUCGUUGUUUUAGUUUUAUCAUAAUUGCUUAAAAACAAACUCGUGUCAUAAUUGCUUUGUUUUAUGUAUAAUAGAAUGUAGUAAAACAAGAUAACACAUAAAUAUCUUUUUAUCUCAUUUAACUCAAUUACUCUUAUUUCACUGCCACAUUUAAUACAGUGAAAUAAACAGAUUUACAUGCAUAGGUUUAAUAAACGAAAUCCAAAUCUGUUUGCGUCGUAAAUGAAUAGGAUGGCAACAGGAAAUUGAUAAGUCCAGUUCUAUAAUUAAAUUAUAAAUUAUCAGGAUCGAAAAGGUUGCCUACCACUGCCGACUUGCUUACUUACCGUCCCGCUGCUAAUUAUAAUUACGUUGUGACGACCCUUCUUCGGCGGGAUCAGGGAUGGCAAACAAUGGGUUCGGGACAAUAGAGAUUAAAAGAUUUUGCCUAAUUAAGCGCAUUACAUUUCAAGAAAAUGGCGUCACUUAAAGAAUAUUAACUCAAUUAAUUUACUUAUCCAGUUAAGUCUGAUUUACAGGGCUAUUUCUAAUACAGUUUUUACACGUCCCUUCACAUUAGUAAAAUUAAAUAAUCCGUAGCCAUUAAUAAAUCAUACAGAAUGUUUAACCUGUUUCUACUGUACAAUUUCAGUGAAAAACGUUACAUCAAUGUGAAUAAAAAAAUACUUAUAGAAUAAAGUUAUUUGUGGCUAUGCGGAUUUAAUUGUUAUAAAAAAAUAGCUGCGAUUGACGUUCGGUGUAUGAAAAAAUAAACCAGUACUGCAUUGUGUAUUUUUUACAAUAUUUUCAUCUACCGCACACUUUAUUUAGGAUUUUAUGAUACUGAUUUUUUUUUUAAUGUUCGUAGUAGUUCUCAAAUUAAUUUUUUACUUUUAUAAUCGCACUAUCAUUUAAAUUAUUUUACAGUACAUAUGGUGCUACUUUCCCGCACUAGUGCAAAAAUUAGCAUAUUACGUUACUGUGUCGAACAUUUAAAGGGCCAUAUGUACUGUUAAACGUUAAACGAUACAUGUGCGAAUAGGUAAUUUGCAACUCGUGUCGAUUUAAAACACUCCCUUCGGUCGUGUUUUAAUUUAUCGCCACUCGUUUUGAAUUUCCUAUUUUUCGCACUUGUAUCGUAAUGUACUAUUACAGUUUGGAGCAAAUAGCAAAAGGAAAAAUAUACCUAUAUUUUUUUUGUAAACUUAAACCAUGCUUAACGAUAUUCAUCACAAAUAAAAAAUAUAGGUAGAAAACGUAGAUAAUACAAAAUAUAUUUUGUAAAAAAGUACAUAUGCAGUUCUGUUCAAGUCUAUUAUAAUUUUGAAUAAGAAAAUAUAUGAUAGAAUCAAUUUACUAUUUAAAUAUAGCAAGCACUGAAUUUGAAUGUUCUACGUCACGUAAAUUUGUAAUUAUUUACAUAUGUUGGGAAGCUAACUAAAAUAACGUGUCUAAAUUAAAUGAGUGUAUUGUAAAGUCUAAAAAUUACGUGUAAAUUGUUGUUAAGUAUAUUAAUUCGAUAAUGUUCUAACUAUUUUUAUUAAUGUUGGUGUGCAUUUGUUUUAUUGUAUUUAUAGAUAGUUUUUUAUUCAACUUAAGUAAAAUUAUUAAUAUAGGCGAUUUAACUAUCAAACAUGUCUUAGUAAAAUGAACGAAUUUUGUUUAAAAUAACAUUAUUAGAACAAUUUAAUUUAAAACAUUUCGUAGUAUUAUGAAAGAGAACGAAUCAACUUUUUGUUAUUUUUGCAAACCGUUAAAAAUGGUCUUCUGUCUUUGAAACCAUUUAAUCACCUAUAUAAUAUAAUAAGGUUUCUCUUAACUCUAAAUUCAAAGCAAAAUCUUGGAAUUAUAAUGCAAUUUUUUAUGGAACCACAUUUUUAUCACCAGUAUUCUAUUUUUCAACACACUUGCUCAAAACGACGUUUUUAUUCCACCGAUUUUUGGCUCAUAAUCCUAAAUAUUAAACACACGUGCUUUUUCAGUAUAUUAUAACACUCGUGAUUUUUCAUUAUAUUAUCCGACUGAGAUAAGAAGGUAACUGAUUGCUAAUAAUAUGCAUGGAAACGGAGCCUUCUUAAUUUGGUCGAGUAAUACAUUUUUUUUAACCAACUAUUGGUUUCAAAUGUUAGUUUAAAGAAGUUUUAUCACACCAAACAUAAUUUACAGAUUAAAUUAUCUCGUAAAUUACAUUAAUUAAUAAACAACAUUUUAUCGAUUUGAUCUCCAUCCGUCGAAUAAAAAUACGAAAAUAUUAGCUUUUUAUAUUUUUUUAAUUGGCUGUUUGUCGAUUUUGUUCGCGCCUUUGCCUUGCGCGCGCAUUACAAUCGUGCGUAAAAAAAAAAUAACACGCCAGCCAUUUGACGUAUUUGUCAUAAAAUUGGAAUAGUUUGGCAUAUUUUUAGUUUAUAUAUUGACGAAAUUUCAAGCAUUGAAAAUGCAGAACACUUCAAAUUGACGCUGCUAAUAAUACUAAUAGAGCCUUUUACCAUCAAAAUCGGGUGAAAAAUAAUUGGCGGCAUAUGAAACUUUUAUUCAAUGGAAAAUCAGCAAAAACGCCCAGUCUUUCUUGGAAAACGUGUUGGUAGCUUACUUCAAUGAACUGGCGAAUAAGUGCCUACAAGCCCAGCACGCUUUGGUGCAAUUAUUCGAUGUUAAAACUGUUAGCCAUCAUUUUGAAAAUUGUACUUUUACUGUUUUGACAAAAAAAAAUCUAAUUCAUAACUUUUAUAAGUUUUGUUUUUUCCUCGCAAGUGUGUUGAAGAACGUCGUAUGAAACGCGUGUGCAUUGGUCAUUACCCACAUCGGCUUUCUUAUUGCACAAUAUCGCCUCGUGUGUAAUGACCAACUUAGCACACUUGUAUCGUAAUGUACUAUUCUGUUUUUUUGACAGAAAAAUAAAAAUUAACAGGUUAUCUUAUGAGUAUAAAGUAUAUCGACGAAAACUGUCGAUUACCCCUGCUUUAGGGGUAUCGCCAAGAUAUUGUGCCGAAGUGAAGUGCCAAAUGUUGAAUGUAUGAGCGAACACCGUGUUUUGUUUUUAUAUGGAUGAAGAUGAAAAUAUAAUCAUUAAUAUUUUAUUAAUAACACUCUUUAACUCUUAUCGAAAAGGUGUAUUCGAGUAAUUUCGGAAAUUGAAUAAUUCCGAAAAAUAACACUCUUAUUUCGUCGUAACAAGACUCUUUUUUCGGAACUAUCCACUAUUUUAGUGUGUUUUUUUUCUUUCGAAAUUACCCAAAUUUACCUCACGGUUACUUUACUAUUAGUGACUUAUGAGAGCAAGUAUUUUAUUCAUAGCAUUAUAAAGACAUGUCCUUAUUUAUUAAAUGACUUUGUGACUUGUUUUUGUAAAUUAUACCUAAAUACUUAUGA